AUGACCAUCAUCGACACCAGGCUGGACCUGCCGUCGCUGUUCAAGAAGCAGGUCCUGGCGACUCCCGAUGCCCUGGCGUUAGAGGAUGAGAAAACCACAUAUACCUAUGCCGAGCUUGACAAGGAAGUCGAGGAUCUGUCCAUUCGGCUGCGGCUCCGCGGGGUCGGCCGAGACACUCUCGUUGGAGUGUUGUUGCCUCGGAGCGCGCACUAUGUGAUUGCGUGCCUGGCAGCUCUUCGUGCGGGAGGUGCAUUUUUAGUCCUGGAGCUUGCCUAUCCCCCGCAGCUCCUCGCUGAUGUCAUUGAGGAUGCGAAGCCCGCUGUCGUGAUCACCCACCAAGCAGAGGCUGGUAAGGUGCAGUCCGACUGCCCUGUCAUCUCCCUGGACUUGGCGACCCCCGAAGAAAGCUACAAUACCUCAGAACUGCCCCCGUUGCCGGCUGAGGACGAUUUGGACCGAUUGGCGUUUGUCUCCUACUCCUCGGGCACCACCGGCAAGCCCAAGGGGAUCGCCAACCCCCAGAGAGCCCCGGUGCUUUCAUACGACCUACGAUUCGCGGUACAAGAUUUGCAGCCUGGAGACCGAGUAGCUUGCAAUGUCUUCUUCAUCUGGGAAAUGCUGCGUCCCCUAUUUAGAGGUGCCACGGUUGUUUGUGUUCCCGACGAAGUCAGCUACGACCCCGCCGCGCUAGUCGACUUGCUCGAAGCCAAGAAGAUUACCGAUACUCUCAUGACCCCCACCCUACUUGCCACCGUUCUUGCGCGCUACCCACGAAUUGCGACUCGUCUUCCCAAAUUGCGAACCCUCUGGCUCAAUGGCGAAGUUGUAACCGCCGAUCUUGCUCGCCGCGGCAUCGGCACUUUGCCCAACACCCGCUUCCUCAACUGCUACAGUGCAUGCGAAACACAUGAAAUUGCAUGCGGUGAUAUCCGCGAUCUAAUUGAUACGGAGUCUAAUUACUGUGCUGUUGGUCCGCCUCUCGUUCCAACGUAUAUUCUCAACGAGAACGCGGAGGAAGUGGAAGUGGGUACUGCGGGUGAGCUAUAUGUUGGAGGAGACCUGCUGGCUCGGGGAUAUCUCAACCUUCCGGAGACGACUGCCAAGGCCUUCGUUCCCAACAAAUUUGAUACCAAGCCCGAUGCGCUCAUGUACAGGACCGGCGAUUUGGCACGCAAGCUAGAGUCAGGACAUCUCGAGAUCACCGGCCGAGUGGGUGCCAUGAUUAAGAUUCGUGGGUAUUCAGUGGUCCCAGCCAAGGUGGAGAGUGAAAUCUACCAGCACUUGGCCGUCAGUCAUUGCGCCGUCACUGCUCAUGGCGACGGUCUCGAUCGUCAGUUGUGUGCCUACGUCGUGGCCGCUGAGAAGGAUGCAUCGGACGCUCGGCCAGUGGUCGAGAUCAACGAAUCUGGACACAGCCCCUCCGCUCGUCGCGUUCUCGAGCCUCAUCUCGCUCACUACAUGCUUCCGUCUAUGUGGGUUGUCAUGAAGGAACUGCCCACCCAUGAAGUCUCUGGAAAGGUCGAUCUCAAGAGUCUUACUCCCCCCCGCACCCCCAGCCCCAUCGGCGAUCGCGUGGCGGAGAAAGAUCCAAUUGGUAUCGAUGAUAUCGCUGCCAUCUGGGCAACUGUCUUGAAGACUACAAAGUCUAGUCUGAAGCCUGAGGACAACUUCUUCGACCUUGGCGGUCACUCCUUGUCGCUGGCAGACCUUGCUGGCCGAAUGUCUCGUCAUUUCGGCUUCCGUGUCGCUAUUCCUCGACUCGCAGAGAAUGUCACACUCGCUGGUCAAUUAGACACUGUGCGUGCGGUCCGAGAUGGCCACACUGCCGCCGUGCAAGCAGAUCUUCCCGCCGUCUUGCUCGCGGAUGCCACCCUUGACGAGGACAUCAAGCCCCCAACGAAUGCUUCACUCAAGUCGAUUGCCUCGGCUGAUACCGUGUUGUUGACCGGUGUAACUGGUUUCCUUGGUGCUUUCCUGCUCAGCGAUUUGCUAGAAAACACUUCGGCCAAGAUCAUCUGUAUGGUUCGUUUCAAGGAUCCGGAAGUGGAUGACCAGGCUGGAGGUGUGGCUCGUAUUCGCCGCAACCUUCUCGACUUUGGUCUUUGGCGAGACUCGAUCAUGGAGCGUGUCGAGGUCCUUCCUGGUAAUCUGUCGAGUCCUCACUUCGGUUUGUCGCCUGAGGCAUAUGAUGAAAUCGCUGGCCGUGUCCAGGUCAUCGUCCAUGCUGGAGCUACUGUCAAUCUUGUUUACCCAUACGCAGCGCUGCGUGCUGCCAAUGUUGGAGGAACUCGUGAGAUUCUUCGUCUUGCAUCUAAGAGCGGUGCGACUGUCCAAUAUGUUUCCACAAACGGUGUCUUGCCUCCUUCUGAAGAGAAGGGUUGGCCUGAAAGCACAAUUAUUGAUGUUGAGGACGUCCCUACCAAACUUGCCGAUGGCUACGGUCAAACCAAGUGGGUUGCCGAGCAGCUUGUCCUCAAGGCUGGUGAGCGGGGAUUGCCAGUCAAGAUUCAUCGUUGCGGUACCAUCAGUGGCCACAGUCUCACUGGUUCAGCCAAUGCAUGGGAUCUGCUGACUGCGUUGAUCGUCGAGUCUAUCAGACUUGGCUAUGCCCCUGACGUCGAAGGCUGGAGAGCAGAGAUGACUCCUGUUGACUUUGUGAGCAAGAGUAUCGUCCACCUCGCCACACAGACACAGGCAAACCAGACGAUGUUCCACCUGGGAGACCCCGAUCCGGUUAACAUUCGAUCCGUUUUCGAGAACCUGAACACGCUUGGGUAUCCCACCAAGCCUCUCCCCUGGGAUGAGUGGGUAGCUCUCUGGUCCGAAAAGCGCGGUCUCGCCAAGGGUGGAGAUGGUUCAUUCACUGUCGACAUUCUUCGCAGUGGCAUGCCGACCGUGGAGUUCCUGCGCGGAAUUGUCGUCCUCGACAACUCCCUGACUAGACCCUUCCGAUCGGUAGUUGAGCGACCCAAGGUGGAUGCCCUGCUGCUCGAGACAUACACUCGUCACUGGUUCGCUCGAGGAUGGCUUCCCCGAGCACCCAUUCGCCAGCAAGCUCUUGCUCCUAAGCCCAUCGUUCGAGGACCUCUGAGCGGAAAGGUCGCUGUCGUGACUGGCGCGUCCUCAGGCAUUGGCGCAGCUGUCGCUUCUGCCCUGGCGAAGGCAGGGUGUGCCGUUGCUCUGGGUGCUCGCCGCCUGGACGCUUUGGAAUCCGUCAAGCGCCAGGUUGAUGUCCACGGUGUCAAGUGCGUUAUUCGAUCCACUGAUGUCACCAGCAAGACGCAGACCGAAGAUCUUGUCAAGGCAGCCAGCGAAGAGCUUGGCCCCGUCGACAUCCUCGUCUCAUGCGCUGGUGUGAUGUACUUCGAGAUGAUGAAGAACACCAACUUCGACGAGUGGGAACGCACUGUUGACGUCAACUGCAAGGGUCUCCUGAAUGCCCUCGGAACUACCGUGCCCGGCAUGCUUGAGCGUGGCAGCGGUCAUAUCGUCGCUAUCUCCUCGGAUGCCGGACGCAAGGUCUUCCCCGGUCUGGGUGUCUACUCAGCCAGUAAGUUCUUCGUCGAGGCUACACUCCAGGCAUUGCGUCUCGAGACCGCCGGUGCUGGCUUGCGCGUGACUGCCAUCCAGCCUGGUAACACAGCCACUCCAUUGUUGAACAUGUCGACGGAUACAGAAGCUGUUAAGAAGUUCGGAGAGCCCUCUGGUGCGAAAAUCCUUGAGCCGUCCGAUGUGGCGAAUUCGAUUGUUCAUGCUCUUUGCCAACCAGAAUACGUCUCUGUCAAUGAGAUUCUGGUUGAGCCUCGUGAUGAACCUAUUUGA